UUUCAGAAUCAGAAGAAACACAAACAACUCUUAACACUGUUUUCACGAAAACCAAUACACACCGAACGGUAUUCUAUCAUCUUCUUCAUCUUACAAGGUAAUAGAAAGUUAAAAGUAGAAUGAAUCCUGACAAGUUCACACACAAGACCAAUGAGUCUCUGGCCGCCGCUCAUGAACUCGCAAGCGACGCCGGCCACGUGCAGUUCACGCCGCUCCAUCUCGCCACCGCUUUGAUCUCCGACCCCGCCGGCAUUUUCCGUCAGGCGAUUGCCAAUGCCGGCGGCAGCGAGGAGUCUCCGAAGUCGGUGGAGAGAGUUUUCAACCAGGCGCUGAAGAAGCUUCCGUCGCAGUCGCCUCCGCCGGAGCAAGUACCGGCGAGUACUACUCUGAUUAAGGUGAUUCGGAGGGCGCAGUCGGCGCAGAAGUCCCGAGGGGACACGCAUUUGGCUGUUGAUCAGUUGAUUCUGGGGCUUUUGGAGGACUCGCAGAUUGGGGAUUUGAUGAAGGAGGCUGGCAUUGCGGCGGCGAAGGUGAAAUCGGAGGUUGAGAAGCUGAGGGGUAAAGAGGGGAAGAAAGUGGAGAGUGCUUCUGGGGAUACGAAUUUUCAGGCUUUGAAGACUUAUGGGAGGGAUCUUGUGGAGCAGGCUGGGAAGCUUGAUCCUGUGAUAGGCAGAGAUGAGGAGAUAAGGAGGGUGGUGAGGAUUCUUUCGCGGAGGACGAAGAAUAAUCCGGUGCUGAUUGGAGAGCCUGGAGUUGGGAAGACUGCGGUGGUUGAGGGUUUGGCUCAGAGGAUUGUAAGAGGGGAUGUUCCUAGUAACUUGGCUGAUGUCAGGCUGAUUGCAUUGGACAUGGGUGCUCUCGUGGCGGGUGCAAAGUACAGAGGGGAGUUUGAGGAGAGGCUGAAGGCUGUGUUGAAAGAAGUAGAGGAGGCUGAAGGGAAGGUGAUCCUGUUUAUUGAUGAAAUCCACCUUGUUCUUGGUGCUGGUAGAACUGAAGGGUCUAUGGAUGCUGCAAAUCUUUUCAAGCCGAUGCUCGCUAGAGGUCAGCUCCGGUGCAUUGGGGCAACGACUCUAGAGGAGUAUAGGAAGUAUGUGGAGAAAGAUGCUGCGUUUGAGAGAAGGUUUCAGCAGGUUUACGUGGCGGAACCCAGUGUUCCGGAUACGGUUAGCAUCCUACGAGGCUUGAAGGAGAGAUAUGAAGGGCAUCAUGGUGUUCGAAUUUUGGAUAGAGCCUUGGUUAUGGCUGCGCAACUGUCGAGUCGAUACAUCACAGGGCGCCAUCUCCCUGACAAGGCAAUUGAUUUAGUUGAUGAGGCUUGUGCGAAUGUGAGAGUCCAGCUUGACAGUCAACCAGAAGAGAUUGACAACCUUGAAAGAAAGAGAAUGCAGCUGGAAGUUGAGCUUCAUGCGCUUGAAAAGGAAAAGGAUAAAGCUAGCAAAGCUCGGCUUGUUGAAGUUCGGAGAGAGCUUGAUGACUUGAGAGACAAGCUCCAACCCUUGAUGAUGAAGUAUAGAAAAGAGAAGGAGAGGAUUGAUGAGAUUCGAAGGCUUAAGCAAAAGCGUGAGGAGCUCUUAUUUGCUUUAACAGAGGCUGAAAGAAGAUAUGACCUAGCCAGGGCUGCUGAUUUGCGUUACGGGGCUAUUCAAGAAGUGGAAUCUGCUAUUGCUCAGCUUGAAGGAAGCACAGAGGAGAACUUGAUGUUGACUGAAACUGUUGGACCAGAACACAUUGCAGAGGUUGUAAGCCGUUGGACUGGUAUACCAGUAACAAGGCUUGGCCAGGAUGACAAACACAGGUUAAUUGGACUUGGUGAGAGAUUGCAUAAGAGGGUGGUGGGUCAAAACCAGGCAGUGGAUGCUGUGGCAGAAGCCGUGUUGAGAUCAAGAGCUGGAUUAGGCCGACCGCAGCAACCAACUGGAUCAUUUCUUUUCUUGGGUCCAACAGGUGUUGGUAAAACUGAGCUUGCAAAGGCCCUUGCUGAGCAACUUUUCGAUGACGAAAAUCUAAUUGUCCGAAUUGAUAUGUCUGAGUAUAUGGAGCAACAUUCUGUUGCACGUCUGAUUGGCGCUCCUCCUGGAUAUGUUGGUCAUGAAGAAGGUGGACAACUCACGGAGGCUGUGAGGCGGAGGCCAUAUAGUGUUAUAUUGUUUGAUGAAGUGGAGAAAGCUCACCCUACAGUUUUCAAUACUCUCCUGCAAGUUCUAGAUGAUGGGCGAUUAACUGAUGGUCAAGGUCGUACAGUUGAUUUUAGGAAUACAGUGAUCAUUAUGACUUCAAACCUUGGGGCGGAACAUCUCCUAACUGGUUUACUGGGAAAGUGUUCAAUGCAAGUUGCUCGUGAUCGAGUUAUGCAAGAGGUGAGGACGCACUUUAGGCCGGAACUGCUGAAUCGGCUGGAUGAGGUAGUUGUUUUCGAUCCUCUUUCACGUGAGCAACUGAGGAAGGUAGCUAGGCUACAAAUGAAGGAUGUUGCUGCCCGACUUGCUGAGAGGGGUGUUGCUUUGGGUGUGACUGAUAAAGCAUUAGAUUAUAUUCUGGAUGAGAGUUAUGAUCCGGUUUAUGGUGCUCGACCCAUAAGAAGAUGGCUUGAGAAGAGAGUGGUGACAGAGCUGUCAAGAAUGCUGAUAAGAGAAGAGAUAGAUGAGAACUCUACUGUGUACAUAGACGCAGGGCCUAAUGGAGGCGAGUUGGUUUACCGGGUUGAGAAGAAUGGAGGCCUGGUUAAUGCUGUCACCGGCCAGAAAUCGGAUGUGCUGAUUCAACUACCGAAUGGAGUAAGGUUGAACGAUGAUGCUCAUCAGGCAGUUAAGAAGAUGAAGAUUGAGGAAAUGGAUGAGGACGAGGACAUGGAUGUGUAAACCUUUUCUUUCAUUAUUAUUGUUCCCGGGGUGUAACGUGCGAAAGUCUAUGCAGUAUCUUUUAGUGCUCAUCAUCUGUAAUCUGUAUUGAUGAUGGCAUCGGUUUGUAAAAUCUGUGUCCAAGCGCAACUUCGUUGCUUGUAACAGAUUUCUUUUCAUAUUUAAGUUGUGGUUUUUUGUUACACUCUUCGCUAAUAUUUCUCUCUUUCGUGUGCAUAUCAAUAUUUAUGAGUUGUAUGGAUGUCUAGGAUGUGAACUUCUUUACACUAUUUUCACAUCAGCAUAUCUUCUUUUCAGAUUAUUAGAGAUUGAACCAACAGAAGUUAUUGGUUUACAUUGGAAUUAUUUGUUACUGGGAUUGGAGAUGGUCGUAUUGGCGUAGUCCAUAGGAUUGAUGGUAAAAUAUGAGCUCAUCUUACUACUACAUCUACAUAACCAAGCUUUUAUUUACUGGAGCCACACCAUGAUUAACUGUUGGUUGUGUUCACAAACUGGGCUAGGGAAAUGGGCUUUGGAAAUUUAUUGAUAAGGUGCCACCAAGUGAC